AUGGUGGAUCAAAGCGGUGGCCAGCUGAACUGCAGCACUGUGAACAGCAGUUGCUGGAUUCCCAGCCUCAAAUGUGGCCAGGCCUAUAAUGUCAGCAUAACCUACUACAAUAACAUCUGCCGCAGCAAGACUUCUUCACCCAUCAGCAUAAACUCAAUUCCAUGUGGGCCCGAAAAUUUCCAUACCUCUUUGGAAUGUAGCUCAGGUGCUGUCCAGUUGACCUGGGACCCAACGUAUGGCGCUAAUGGAUACUCUGCCAGUGUGGUUGCUGCCAGCAGUGGGAGAAGGAUGUUCUGCAACUCAACUUUUCCCAAUUGCAGCCUCAGCUCCCUAACAUGUGGUGAAUCAUAUGUGGCACAGGUCCGCUCCUACAAUGGCACCUGUUUCAGCAUGCUUAGUCAGACAGUGACCUUCAAAGGAGUACCAUGUGCGCCAACCAACGUAACAGUUGCGAGGACCUGUACUAACCGCACCACAGUGAUGUGGCAAGCCAGUCUUGGCGCUCAGUCUUACAGGGUCAUUGCCGUGAGCAAUCAAGGUAAACAGUCAUCAUGCUCCUCCAACACCACCACCUGCAGCCUGAUCGAUCUUCAAUGUGGCCAAGUAUACAAUGUCAGUGUGGUUGCCAUUGAUGAGACUUGCUCCAGCAUCCAGAGCCAAAGUGCGACACUGCAAACAGGCCCUUGUGCACCAUUCAACAUUCACAGCACAAUUCAGUGCAUCACUAACAUUGUAACACUGAGCUGGGACUCGAGCCCUACUAGCAUGUCCUACACAGGCAGGGCUGUAGGGGCAGAUGGAAGCAUAAUCUUAUGUAACAGCAGCUCUGCACAGUGUCAGUUCAUGGAUCUGCGGUGUGGUCUGAAUUACGCAAUCAAAUUGAUUGCCAGUGAUGGAAUGUGCUGGAGUGCAGAGAGUGAGACCUUCACACAGCCUACAGGUCCCUGUGCUCCGGUGACUGUUUCCAAUUUCCUGAAUUGUGAUACCAACACGCUGAGUGUGUCCUGGACCCCAAGCCCAUUGGCUCUGAGCUACAGCGCCCUCCUCACCCCCAUAAACGGAAUGGUGCGAGGCUGCACCUCAGACGCCACAAAUUGUGUCAUUUCAGGGUUACAAUGUGGUCUGAGCUACUCACUCACCGUCCUGGCUGCUAAUAGAGCGUGUACUGGACCGCAGAGUCUAAGUCAGACCAUCCAGGCAGCUCCAUGCAUUCCUGCCUCUGUGUCUGCCAAUGUGGUAUGUGCUAGUAACACAGUGCAUGCUGCAUGGGCUCAGGCAGUAGGUGCCCUCUCCUACACUGGUAUCCUCACCAGCCCAGAUGGCGUCACCCGUUCCUGCUCCACCUCUGCCCUUUCCUGUGAAUUCAGUGGCUUGUCUUGUGCCAAGAACUACACAGUCCAAGUCCUUGCUAACAGCAACUGUAACAGUUCUGCCAGCACAAGUGUCACUGUUACUACAGGACCUUGUGACCCCAGUAAUAUGAGCGCUCAGGUACAAUGUGGCUCAGGUGCUGUAAACGUAUCGUGGCAAGCAAGUGCUGGUGCCAGUGCCUACACUGCCCAAGCCUACAUGCAGAACCAGACAGUUCCCUCUGAUUCCUGUGGCUCUUCCAACACAACCUGCUCACUCACACAUCUGCAAUGUGGAACAUUGUAUUAUGUGAGUGUAUUUGCUAGUGAUGGCACCUGCAGUAGCAGCCCCGUGGGAAGAACAACAGUGAGAACAGCCCCUUGCCCACCUGUUCUGCAGGUUGUCCCUUCCAGCUGUAUAAACGAUCAGGCCUUAGUGCUAUGGACCGGGUCACCGGAUGUACUGGAUGUUACUUUAACUGCCACCUCAGUGCUUGGUUAUUCAGCAGGCUGUACCUCUGCUAAUAACAGCUGCAACAUUCAGGGACUGCAGUGUGCACAGAGGUACACACUGCAAGGCACCUCUCGUGGCAUGUUGUGUAACAGCACCCCUAGUGUCCCUCUCAACAUUAUUACAGCUCCAUGUACUCCUGCGGCAAUUCGUGCUAACUACACUUGUGGAACGAGCAUGGCGGUGGUAAGCUGGAAUGACAGCCUGGGCCGGGAGAACUUCAUUGCUCGCAUUCAAACUCAGGACCAAUUCGACUCUUGCAGCACCAACCUGACACGUUGCACAUUCUCUUCUCUGCUUUGCGGACGACUGUACAAUGUCAGUUUGUUGGCUGUGGCAGGGCAAUGCAACAGUAGCAACAUAGCCAGGACCCAGAUGCAGACCGCCCCAUGUGCUCCUCAGAAUGUGUCUGUCAGUCUGCAGUGUGGCAAUAACACAGCGUCUGUAAACUGGGCACCUAGUCUUGGUGCCAUAGGAUACGACGUCACUGCCCUCGGACGUGAUGGCGAUGUCAAAUACUGUCGCACCUCUAAUACCUACUGCCAAAUACCCAACCUACACUGCUCACAGACAUACAACUUUGUGGUCACUCCAUUUUCAGAUGUUUGCACUGGGUGGCCAAGUAGUACUUUCACCUUUACUGCAGGUCCAUGUGCACCCACUGGAGUCCAGGCAUCUCUUCUCUGUCAAAAUAAUGUUGGCAUUGUCAGUUGGAUUGCUGCCAUCAAUGCUGAGAAGUACAUUGCCAUAGCGACAAGCUCAGAUGAAUUUAGGCAUAACUGCACCUCAAAUGGAACCAGCUGUCAAUUUCUGGAUUUCUACUGUGGAAAGAACUACAAUAUCACAGUUGUAUCUAUACAGGGAGCCUGCUGGAGUGACCCAAGCACACCUGUGCUACUAAGAUCAGCUGGUUGCCCCCCUUCCAACCUGGUUGGAGUUACCCAGUGUGGCACCAACGACAUCACCUUCACCUGGGACCCCAGCUCUCGGCUGGGUGUCACCUACUUCUUGUUCUCUCAGCAGGAGAAUUUAGCAAAUUCCACUUUCAACACCACAGCAACAUUUAUCACAUUAAAACAUCUCCAGUGUGGUGUGCUCCUCGCAGUGCGGGUUGCAGCACAGGAUAACAACUGUCUCAGCCAGUACAGUGCACCAGUGCAGAUCCGUACAGCUCCAUGCGCACCAUCCGGUUUGGUAGCUACUACUAGUUGUGGCACAAGCCAGGCGACCCUCACUUGGCUUGGUGGUGUUGGUGCCCUCUUUUACACCGCUACUCUGGUGAGCAAUGAUGGUGGUUCAAUUUCUUGUACAUCCAACACCACUACCUGUCUGGUAAAGCUGGACUGUGACUCCAUAUACACAGUUACUGUAAUCUCUUCCACUGGGCUCUGCAACAGCACUACAAACAGCAGCACCCAACUGACCUCAGCACCGUGUCUGAUUAGCAAUGUAACAACUCAGCUUAACUGUACUGCCAAUUCAUUAGCAGUCCAGUGGAUCUCUAUUUCUGGUAACAAAACAUACACUGCACUGGCUAUUGGCAAUGAUGGCACACGCACUUCCUGUAACACAAAUGGCACUUCCUGUACCAUCCCGGGCUUAAGAUGUGGCCGCAGUUAUGGCAUUGCUGUGACCACACUCCACAGUCAGUGCACAGUCCAGACUUCCGACUUCCAAAUACAGACCGCUCCCUGUAAAUCAGAGAACCUGUCAGUUUCUCUAGAGUGUAACACCAGCAUUGCCACAGUAUGGUGGAACAGCACCGGGUUGGACCAGUCGUACAGUGUGUCAGCAGUGAAUUUUACAGGGGGAGCAGUGAUUUGUAGCACCAAAGCAUCAUACUGCACUUAUAACCAGUUUCAAUGUGGAGAAGCAUACACGGUCACUGUUACUGGGAUUAUGCAAAGGUGUACCAGCCAGCCGAGCACUUCUGUGGAUUUCAGCACAGCCCCCUGCACCCCUACCCAUGUCAAAGCAACUUACGAUUGUGACACUUCAAUCACCGUUGUAAUAUGGGACAUAGCUCGUGGAGCUGAAAAUUACAUAGUGUAUGCUGUGGGUAAUCAAGGAUACAGUACCAACUUCAGCACCGUCGACACCACCUGCAAUUUACGAGAUCUCAGGUGUGGUCAGGUUUACAGCAUUACAGUUGUUGCGGAGCGUGGUGGUUGCAGGUCUCAACCCAGUCAACCGUUCACUGUGUCUACAGGUCCAUGUCCUCAGUCAAGCCCUUAUGUUUUGUUGGACUGCAGCGUUAACUCUGCUCUUGUUUCAUGGACACAUGGUUAUGGCAUUCUAUAUUACAAUGUCUCUGCUGAUGCCCUGGAUGUGGGUAGCUCUGUGACUUGCAGCACAACUGGAACUUCCUGUAAUGUGACUCAGCUGCAGUGCGCCCAGCCCUACCAGAUCAGUGUCACUGGUCAGGGAAGCACUUGCCCUAGCCCUGCCCAAGGGUGGGUGGCCAUAACUUCAGGCCCAUGUCCACCAAGGAUUGUGUCUGCCCAGGUUCCUUGUGGGUCGAACGUUAUGACAAUCUCCUGGCAGAUAUCUCAGGGUUCAGUCUCUUACCUGGCUGUUGCUCAAAGCAGCGGGGGACAAUGGUUUAAUUGCAGCAGCAGUGGGACAACAUGUGACAUUCCUGGACUCCAGUGUGGACAAUCAUAUGAGGUUUUUGUGUCAGGAGUGGUUGGAACAUGUAUAGGACCAAAGAGCCAGAGCCAGAUUGUCAAAACUACUCCUUGCGUGCCUCAGAAUGUCCAGGCAAUACUGGCAUGCCAAUCAACAGUGCUUAAUGUUACCUGGCAGCAGUUUGGAGAAGCCACACAAUUCAGAGGCAUAGUGGAGACCACUGCUGGUCAAGUGCCCUUCCCUGUUACAGGCAGGACCUUCUUCACAGUCCCCAACAUUCUCUGCGGCCUGACAUACAAUGUAACAGUCGUGGCCCAGAAUGAUAAGUGCAAUAGCAGCCGCAGUUCUGUACAAAGUGCCAUUUCAGCCCCAUGUCCUCCCCAGGCCAUCAGCGCAACUAUAAACUGCACUUCCAACACAAUCUUAGUGAACUGGUCAUCCAGUGUGGUUGGUGCCAGCUACAUGGUUCAGGCUGUCUCAUCCAAUAGCUAUUACACCUGCAACAGCUCAAGCACCUUCUGCAGCAUCCGUGUGCCAUGUGGCAAAACCUAUAACAUUUCUGUAAUACCGAGUCAAAAUGGCUGCACUGGAGUCAGUUCAUCUUCUAUAACUAUUCAAUCAGCACCAUGUGUCCCAACCUUGACGAAUGUUGAGAUGGACUGCCUGUACAACUCAGCCUGGGUCAUGUGGAACGCAUCAUCAGGGGCAGAGUCAUACACUGCUGUGGCAACAGACAGUGACGGACUCCGCUAUCAGUGCAACUCCAGUAACAGCAUAUGCACCAUCUCCGGAUUACAGUGUGGAAGGAAUUACAGUUUCGGCCUCACAGCCACCAAUGCAAGAUGCAGCAGUGGAGUCAGCAACACCAUGCAGGUUGAGACAGUACCAUGUCCUCCUUCGAAUGUGAACGUGUCGGUGAAUUGUGAAUCGGGGACUGUGACUGUACGGUGGUUGCGAAGUGUCGGCGCUCUCGCCUACACGGCCACACUUGAGCCACUGGAGGGUAAUUCUUCCUGCUGUACUGCUCUUAAUGGCAGCACUUCCUGUGAUGUGGCAUCUCUUCCCUGUGGUCAGUCAUACAUGGUGACUGUCACUGCAGCAGGACGAACCUGUAACAGCUCUCAGAGCAUGGCCAUACUGGUACAGACAGCGCCAUGCCAGCCAAUGCGCCCCAAUGCCACCGUGAGCUGCACUGAUAAUGUGGCAAAUGUGAGGUGGAUAAACAGCAUGGGUGGUCAGCUCUACACAGUCACUGCAGUGAGUGUCAACGGAACGGCCACAGACAGCUGCAGCGGUUUUGAUGGAUCCUGCAACCUCAGAGGCCUGGCGUGUGGCCUGCAGUACACGGCCUCGGUGGUGGCGCAACACAGCUCCUGCCGUAGCCUACCAAGUCCCACGACACUCAUCAAGACGGUACCAUGUGCUCCUCAAAACAUCAAGCUGACCUUGGAUUGCAAUGCCCGCAACCUGACCAUAUCCUGGAACAAGACCUCAGGAGAGCAAGUUUAUACAGCCACAUUGAGAAACAGCUUGGGUUAUGCCACUACCUGCCAGAGCCUUACUGAUCAGUGCACCAUCAGUGGCCUGUCAUGUGGAACUGCGUACCAUACAAGUGUGAUUGCCUCAGAUACAUCCUGCAGCAGCCAGCCCAGCAUCAUCCAAGACACAGACCCAAUUCCAUGUGCUCCCAGUAAUAUUCGUGCUCAGAUGGAUAUUCAGGCUAGUACAGCCGUGCUUUCCUGGUAUUUCGGUGCGGGUUCAUUGAGGUACAAGGCCAUUGCUGUAAGCAGCUUUGCGGGAACCAGCGUCUCCUGCGACACUAAUCAGACAAACUGCAAUCUGAUCAAUCUGUUGUGUGGUGACAAGUACAAUGUCACAAUCCAGGCUGUCGGAAACUUCUGCAAUAACUCUGCCUCCAUGGGUCAAUACCUUCAGACAGGGCCAUGUGUUCCCAGGCUGGUGAGUGCUAGCUACACACCGCCUGUUGCUCUGCUCCUGUGGGACAUGACUCGAGGUGCUGACAACUACAUCGCUCAGGCUGUGUCACAACAUGGCUCCCAGGCAUCCUGCUCGACCCGGGACACCUCAUGUGUGCUCUACAGUCUGAACUGUAGUCAGACUUACAACAUCACUUUGACUGCCUACAGCAAUUUCUACCAGGAUGGGGUCAAGUCCAACACUCUUACACUCAACACAGAGCCAUGCCCUCCAACGAUACUGACAACCCGGGUAGUGGGUGACCGAGGGGAGGUGACAUGGGAGCCAAGUAUCGGGGCUGUGAGGUACACGGUCAUGCUUGAGGGCCGGCGGGGAGACACUCUUUACUGCCAGAGCACAGACACAUCAUGCAGUGUGGCAGGGCUGCUGUGUGGGACAGUUUAUGUGAGCCGUGUGACAGCCAUUGGCACCAGUAUUAACAGCUCGAGCAGUGUAGGUGCCCUGCUCACUACAGUCCCCUGCCUUCCAGAUCCUAACAGUUUUGCCGUAACAGUGCAGUGUCCAAAUAAUUCAGCAUCUGUCAGCUGGGCCUGGAGUGAUGGAGCCACAUCCUAUGAACUCACUGCUACUAGCAACAAUGGAGACCAAUUAAAAUGUGUCACAAAUCUAAACACCUGCAAUAUUACAAAUCUUGAGUGUGGCCAGACAUACAAUCUCAGCUUGACAACCAUUAACAGUGCGGGUGCUGCUAGCCUGGAAACUGGCAUCACCUUCCAAAGCCGACCCUGUGUGCCAAAGUACGUGGGGGCAAACCUGCAGUGUGGCACUCGUACAGCCGUGCUGAAUUGGGAAAGGAAGCCAGGAGUCCUGUACUACCUGGGCAGUGCCACUUUUAGCCCCAAAGUAGCUGCUGUAAUGUGUAACUCGACUAUAGACAGCUGCAGCUUCAGUGGACUGCAGUGUGGAGUACAGUACACCCUAAGUGUUAUAGCUUAUACCAGACAGUGCUGGAGUGAUUUCAGUGCACCUGUCAACAUCACAACAGAACCCUGCCCGGUGCAGAACCUCACUGUGACCGGAUCAUGCAACACCAAUUCACUUCAACUGAACUGGUCCAAUGUCACUGGUGUGCAACUUUACACCAUCUCUGUCACUGGAAAUUUGGGAUACACCACCGCUUUCCAGAGCCCAGUGCCCAGUUUGCAGGUGGAGGUUCCUUGUGGCCAGAGCUACAGUUUCAGUGUGUUGGGAAAGAAUGAUCAGUGUUACAGCCUCACAAGUACCACUGCCAAGUUUUCAACUGCCCCGUGUGCGCCAACUGCUGUGCAAACGUUCAUUCAGUGUGAGGACAACAUUGCCUCUGUCAGCUGGGUCAACAGUGAUGGAGCGCUAAAUUAUACUGCGGUUGCCAAGGGACAGACAUUAGGCCAAACCAGCAUUUGCACCACCAAUACUACGAUAUGUAAUUGGAGUGACCUGUUAUGUGGCGAGUUAUAUAUAGUCAGAGUCACUGCCAGCAAUCUGUACUGCAGCAGCGUCCCUAGUGACAACACCACCAUUCGCAUGGCUCCAUGCAUACCAAAGAUUUUAAGUGCCAAUUUUGACUGUGGCCUGAGGGUAGCAUCUCUAACCUGGGAGGCCAGUCGGGGCACCCAGUCAUACCUGAUGACUGCUGAAAAUGACAUUAGCCCAAUGGUGGGACUGACCACCAACACCACCAACGCUCAGAUCUCUGAGCUUCACUGUGGACAGCAGUACUAUUUCAAGGUGUCAACUGUGGGGCAAGGGUGCAGGAGCAAACCAAGCAACAGCUCUGUCUUGCAGACAGAACCAUGUCCUCCCACUGCUGUCGCUACUUCUGUGGACUGUCUUUCCAACAUCGCUACAGUGACCUGGGGUAUAUCAAGCACUGCUGAUCACUAUAUCACCAAUGUGGUGGGUCCGGAUAGCAUAGUCACAACAUGCAUGUCCUCGACUACAAGCUGCGGGAUUGCGACGCUGCAGUGUGGACAAAAAUACAACGUCAGUGUAACUGCAUCCCGCCUCCUGUGCAAUUCAAAACCCAGUGUGACUACUUACCUCAACACAGGUCCUUGUGCACCUCUGAACCUAAGUGUGUCCAUUUCGUGUGGAAACAACGCAGCCACACUUUUCUGGUCUCCCGGUAAUGGCUCAAUGUGGUACUACGCCUCUGCAACCAAUGCACAAGGGGACAAUCGACACUGCAACACCACAGGCACUUCCUGUAUCAUAGCAGGGCUUCAGUGCGGGGUGGUUUAUAACUUCACCCUGCAUGGCUCAGAUGGAGUUUGCAACAGCUCAUACAGUCGAGUAGUACAGAAAGCAACAGCUCCAUGUGCACAACAGAGCCUAAAUGUGUCAUUUUCUUGUGGAAACAACACAGCCACACUUUCCUGGUCCCCCAACAAUGGCUCACUGUGGUACUACGCUUCAGCCAUCACUGCACUAGGGGUCAAUCGUCAAUGCAACACCACAGCCACCUCCUGUACUAUAGCAGGGCUUCAGUGUGGAACACUUUAUAACUUUAGUGUGCAGGGCUCAGAUGGAGUAUGCAAUAGCUCCAGCAGUCCAACAGUGCAGAAAGCAACAGGUCCAUGUGCACCUCAGAGCCUAAAUGUGUCUUUUUCAUGUGGAAACAACACAGCCACACUUUCCUGGGCCUCCAGCAAUGGCUCGCUGUUGUACUAUGCCUCAGCAGUCAGUGCACAAGGAGACAGUCGUCAGUGCAACGCCACAGGCACUUCCUGUACCAUAGCAGGGCUUCAGUGUGGAACGUUAUAUAACUUCAGCGUGCAGGGUUCAGAUGGAGUAUGCAACAGCUCAAACAGCCCAGUAGUACCAAAAUUUACAAGUCCUUGUGCAUCUCAAAGCCUGAAUGUGUCCUUUUCUUGUGGAAACAAUACAGCCACACUUUCCUGGUCCCCCAGCAAUGGCUCGCUGUGGUACUACGCUUCGGCCAUCACUGCACUAGGGGACAAUCGUCAGUGCAACACCACAGGCACCUCUUGUGCCAUAGCAGGGCUUCAGUGUGGAACAAUUUAUAGCUUAAGCGUGCAGGGCUCAGAUGGAGUAUGCAGCAGCCCCCGCAAUCCAGUAGUUAGGAACGUAACAGCUCCAUGUGCACCUCAGAGCCUGAAUGUGUCCUUGUCAUGUGAAAACAACACAGCCACACUUUCCUGGUCCCCCAGCAAUGGCUCACUGUGGUACUACGCUUCAGCCAUCACUGCACUAGGGGUCAAUCGUCAAUGCAACACCACAGCCAGCUCCUGUACUAUAGCAGGGCUUCAGUGUGGAACACUUUAUAAUUUUAGUGUGCAGGGCUCAGAUGGAGUAUGCAACAGCUCCAGCAGUCCAACUGUGCAAAAAACAACCGCCCCAUGUUCUCCUCAGAGCCUGAAUGUGUCCUUGUCAUGUGAAAACAACACAGCCACAGUCUCUUGGUCCUCCAGCAAUGGCUCGCUGGGGUACUAUGCCUCGGCAGUCAACGCACAAGGAGACAUUCGUCAGUGCAACAGCACAGGCACUUCCUGUUCCAUAGCAGGGCUUCAAUGUGGGAUAGUUUACAACUUCACUGUGCAGGCCACAAAUGGAGUUUGCAACAGCUCCCGCAGUUCAGAAGUACAAAAAAAAUCAGCUCCAUGUUCACCUCAGAGCCCAAAUGUGUCCUUUUCUAGUGGAAACAACACAGCCACACUUUCCUGGUCCACCAGCAAUGGCUCGCUGUGGUACUAUGCCUCGGCUGUUAACGCACCAGGAGACAAUCGUCAAUGCAAUGCCACACGCACUCCCUGUAUCAUAGAAGGGCUUCAGUGCGGAAUAUUAUAUAACUUCAGCGUGCAGGGCUCAGAUGGAGUAUGCAACAGCUCCUACAAUCCAGUACUGCAGAAAAUUACAUGUCCAUGUGCACCUCAGAGCCUGAAUGUGUCUUUUUCAUGUGGAAACAACACAGCCACACUUUCCUGGUCCCCCAGCAGUGCCUCACUGUUGUACUAUGCUUCAGCAGUCAGUGCACAAGGAGACAGUCGUCAGUGCAACGCCACAGGCACUUCCUGUACCAUAGCAGGGCUUCAAUGUGGAACAUUAUAUAACUUCAGCGUGCAGGGUUCAGAUGGAGUAUGCAACAGCUCAAACAGCCCAGUAGUACCAAAAAUUACAAGUCCAUGUGCACCUCAGAGCCUGAAUGUGUCUUUUUCAUGUGGAAACAAUACAGCCACACUUUCCUGGGCCUCCAGCAAUGGCUCGCUGUUGUACUAUGCCUCAGCAGUCAGUGCACAAGGAGACAGUCGUCAGUGCAACGCCACCGGCACUUCCUGUACCAUAGCAGGGCUUCAGUGUGGAACAUUAUAUAACUUCAGUGUGCUGGGUUCAGAUGGAGUAUGCAACAGCUCAAACAGCCCAGUAGUACCAAAAAUUACAACUCCAUGUGCACCUCAGAGCCUGAAUGUGUCCUUUUCUUGUGGAAACAAUACAGCCACACUUUCCUGGUCCCCCAGCAAUGGCUUGCCGUGGUACUACGCUUCGGCCAUCACCGCACUAGGGGACAAUCGUCAGUGCAACACCACAGGCACCGCUUGUGCCAUAGCAGGGCUUCAGUGUGGAACACUUUAUAACUUUAGCGUGCAGGUUUCAGAUGGAGUAUGCAACAGUUUCAGUAGCCCAGUAGUACAGAGAGGAGCAGUGCCAUGUCCCCCAGCUGUAAUAAAAAAUGUCAAUCGUCAAUUGGAAAAUGACACUUUGGUAUUAUUGAACUGGAUCCCUGUGAAUUGCACGGCUGUCCAGUACCUGGUAGGGCUCAAUGGCACGUUUUUGAACGGCGAUCUUGUGCAGCUGGAAUCCUACUGGACAGAGAGGACAUAUUUUGAGUUCCCACUGCCCUGUGGCAUCUCCUACUCAGUGGUGGUCAACGCUAGAAGUGGAGCAAUAACUGGAGAACCUUCCGUUCCUAUCUAUGGAUCUACAGGUGUUUGCCAGCAGAACAACACUACCAACACAGGUCCAGUUAUGGGUCGUCGUAGGAGAGACUUAGGAGAGGCAGAGACUCUGGCUGGGCUGAAUGACGAAGGAGUGCUGCCGGUGCCUAAAGUCAAGGAUGUGCAUUUGGAGGGUUUGACGCUAUAUGUAAAGUGGGCUCCGGUCACUGGUGCAAUCCAUUACAUGCUGAUUGUAAAGGAAGACCCUGGAUAUCAACCCUCCGAGGCAGUGACAGUUCAAAACGAGGUUGCAGAGGUUCCCAACCUUAAACCUGCCACACGCUACUGUGUCACCGUGGCUGCCAAGAGCUCCAUUACUCAGAGUGCCUACUCCGCUCCGAUUUGCCUCACCACCGGGAUUCCUAUAGUAAAUCACGAGAAUCUUCAUGCCUGAAUGGGAAAAGCAGUUUAGCCACCAGCUCAUCCCUGCUAUUAGAACACUUGCUAUAGUGAGCUACCUAAGAGUAAUAUAAAAUACAGCCAAAAUGUUUGUUUAAUAGCACCACCACAUAUUUCACACUGUGAUGCCAUUAUAGAGACACUAUUAUAGACACUAUCAUUAUAAAGCUAAGAUGUAGACACUAAAAUAUACCUACUUGCACAUUUCUAAUGGAAAGGGUUUCUUAAAUAUUUUCAUUUGAAUUUUUUUAAACAAUUGUCAAGAGAAAAUAUAAGCUUUAAUCUCUAUUAAAAUUAAUAUUAUAUGAGCCAUAUCUAACCACACAUUUCUGAGGUUUUCCUUCAUGCGCAAC